AUGGCGAGUGCACAGCAACAAGAAACGGUCAUUCGUCGUCACGUUCACGCGGGAUGCAUCUAUCUGGUCGAAAUGUAUCGUCCUCACGCGAAAAACGCUUUCAGUGACGCCCUGUAUGAGCAGCUGACGGUUGCGUUGGACGAGUUCGAGACUGACCCUUCUCUCCAAGCGUUUGUGCUCACUGGUCAUGGCGACUACUUCACUGGUGGUAGUGACGUAAAGGAGAUGGCUGUUAUUUUGAGCGACGGAUCGUCGGUCCGUCCACCUUCGCAGAGUCCAUCGCAUACUUUCAUGCACAAGAUGCUGGACUGCAAGAAGCUGUUGGUGGCAGCAGUGAACGGCCCUGCUAUCGGCAUUGGCGUCACGCUGCUUAUGCACUGCGACAUCGUGUUUGCAGCUGAUAGUGCCACUUUCUGGACGCCGUUCCUCCGCGUCGGUAUGGUACCGGAAUUUGCAUCGUCUUACACGUUCCCACACUUGCUGGGACCGACAGUAGCGAGCAAUUUGGUCAUCCGCUCCAAAAUCUACACAGCUAAGGAAGCGCUCAGUGCCAAGAUUGUAGGCGAAGUCUUUCCAACUAAUGGCUUCCUAGCGGCAGCACUAGCGGACCUCACGCCGAUUGUGACAAACCGCUUCAACCAGACCAGUCUGCCGGUAUACACGUCGCUACUGCGCCGCGAACGCGCCCCAAAGAUCCGUGAAGCGCUGUUUUACGAGUUCGAGCAGUUGGAUCGUCGUGUGGCAUCGGGUGAUUUUCUGGCCACGAUGAUGGAGCUCAAGAAGCAAUUAAAGAGCAACUCCAACAGCAAAUUGUGA